CAAAACACCAACACCCACCACGGCGCCCAGAGCAAUGUCGCCCAGAUGACCCGCUUCUACCCACUCUACGUCCGCCGCUCCGACGGCAAGCUCGAGACGAUCCACGCCCGCAAGAAGGAAAAGAACGAGCCCACGCCCGAGCAGCUCAAUUCCACUCCCGACGCCAACGGCGUGAGCGACUACUACCGCGCCAUCGCCGAAGAUGAGGUCAAGCACCUCGACUGGCGCCGCAAGCUGGGCAUGAUGCUCAUCCGCGAGAUUGGCGGCCCUGAACAACAGCAAAAAAACUACAUGCUCGCCGCGAUGCCCGAAAACUACCGCCUGUACGAACACAUCAAGUCGAAAGCCAGCGAUGGCGAUCCUGCGACCAGGAGGGCAUCCAAAAACCAUGCUGGGGGUGGGCACGACAGACAAGACGCCUAUCUCUACGGGCACCCUUUAGGGCGGAAGAAGCGGUUCCGGAGUCCAGCGGACUUCUUUCCGCAUCUUCUUUGGCUUGCUACGGAUAAGAACGGCGACCCAAACAAUUGCACCUGCAAGCUGUGCUGUCCGGAAGAGCUGCAGGAAGACAAAAGCACAACAAAGGAUCCCAGACAAGCUGUCAAGAAGGAAGGCAGCUCCACACCGGUAUUGUUGCCUUCCACUACGGCUUCAAACAUACCCGCUCCCAUAAAGCGGGAACCUUCAGCGGUCGCGUCGAGGCCUCCAAGCAGCCAUGGACCGAAUCCACCCAAGACGGCGACGCCACCACAAAAUCAGAAUCCCACUGUGCCUCCCGCUUCGCGACCCGCCUCAGCAACACCCGCCCAGCGCGUUGCUGUGCCUUCCAACGGCUCAUCGAACAUCAAUCCCAAUGCACCUUCGCCGCUGGUGCGCUUGCCGCUCCCAGCCUACCAACUAGAUACCGAACCUAAUUUUUCACUCUUCCGUCCCGGGGAAGUCGUCUGGUUCAAUCGGGGGGACACUUGGGGGCUCGGUGCUAUCAUGCGGCGAUAUGUCAAAGACGUUAACGGUCAAUCCGAACGCAACUACAUAGUCCAGCCUUUGAGCCACCCGGGUAUGCAUCCGUCGCCUGUCCGGAUCAAUCAGGAAAGGUUGCUGCGCCCGUGGCUCUCGUGGAGCCCACCUCCUCUCUGCACCAGUGGUCUCCAUAACCAACCCAACCUAACCUAUGACAACAUUAACUGGCCAGCCGUAGUAAACGGACAGUUUGGCAAGGGCAACCCCGAGGUUGACGGCAGCAUUCUCGCCGCAAAGUCAAUUGAUGGCACCUUCACCGUCUCCCACCUUGUCAGCAACAGGCGCCUUCCAAACGGCCCUGAAGAGCGGCGUUGGGGUAGCAUGUAUCUCGGCGCAGAGAAGAUAUGGGUAGGCGAGCCGGUUCGCGUACGCAUCAACCUCAACACGCCAGAACCACCAAUCCUCCUCAUCACCGAUAUCAUCGAGCACGUUCAGCAAGGUUAUAACGGGCAAGCGUCCCGUGCAAGCAUGACUAUCGUUGGUGAUCUUUAUACCCUCUCCCCUACUCUACCUGCAGGUGCAGCUCCCCCUCCUUCGUCCCACUUGCCUGCUCGCAUGGUACGAGACAUGCAAUGGCGCAAUCAAAUUGCUGCCUCGCGUCGCACCAAUGUAUAUAUGUGGAAGUUGCUCAAACCGCGUCACUCGGUAGGCCUUGAAGCCGUCAAGGGACGUUGGUACGAGACGGGCACGGUGCUGCCUAUCGUGCUGGGUGAGCAAGAAUUCCGCACCAUCCUUCAAUCCAAUCAACCCCAAGACGUGAGCUUUUGGAUGAAUGCGCGUGGCGAUUGCACAGACAACAAGCAAGGCCUUAUUGGAGCGCGAAAGCCAGAACGCCGCGAUGCUUUGGGUCGCGCCGUGCCGAGCGAUAUGCGUAUUCUUGACGGGGCAGAUAUCCCAACCGACGCGGAACUACAAGCGCUAUUGAGACCCCACACACAGGAAAACGUGGAUGCGGCAACCUUUGUGAACGACGGCAUGGGCGACGGCAUGGCGAGUGUGGACGAGUUUAUGAACUUGGAAGGCAUCGGCGACGGCCAAGAUCUGGGAGCAUUCAGUGGCGAUGCGGGGUUCGCGGGGCACGGUUAUGGUUCUUAUUGAUAGGCAUGGGUUGGAGUAUGGUUAUGGAAGAACUAUGGAACGGAGAAUGGAGCACAUGGGUGGAGGGUUUGCCGUUUACCGACAGGUUAGUUCGUUGCAAUUUUCAUUUUGUAUUUUUGGCAGCGGAGGAAGUGGUCAAGACUGAGCAGUGGGUCAAUCGGUCUUUAGAGGACAAGAAAGAAGGCCUUGCGUCUUGAUAGUUUAGUGCUCUGGCGCAGCAUGUCGGUGAUAAUUAGAGGUGUCUGCAGACUCAAAAAUAAUGGUUGACAGUUCGUAGCGUGAUGGAGCGAUCUAAGACUCGAGGUGCAUCUGGAACA